AGGAGCGCGCGCCGAGCGGAGCGGUGGCGGCGGCCCCAGGCGCAGGCCCGGCUGACAGCUGACAGCGGAGACGCGGGGCGCGCCGGCCGGCAGCUCGGGGACCCACCAUGCGCCGCUCGGUGUGGCUGGUGCUGGCCGCGUCGCUCCUGCACGGGUCCCUGCAAGGCGAGUUCCAGAGAAAGCUCUACAAGGAGCUGGUGAGGAACUACAACCCCCUGGAGAGGCCGGUGGCCAACGACUCGCAGCCGCUCACCGUCCACUUCUCGCUGAGCCUCCUGCAGAUCAUGGACGUGGACGAGAAGAACCAGGUGCUCACCACGAACGUUUGGCUGCAGAUGUCCUGGACAGAUCACUAUCUGCAGUGGAACACGUCGGAGUACCCGGGCGUGCAGACCGUGCGCUUCCCCGACGGCCAGAUCUGGAAGCCGGACAUCCUCCUCUACAACAGCGCCGACGAGCGAUUUGACGCCACCUUCCACACCAACGUGCUAGUGAACUCCUCCGGGCACUGCCAGUACCUCCCGCCAGGCAUCUUCAAGAGCUCCUGCUACAUCGACGUGCGCUGGUUCCCGUUCGACGUGCAGCAGUGCAAACUCAAGUUUGGGUCCUGGUCCUACGGAGGGUGGUCCCUGGAUCUCCAGAUGCAGGAGGCGGACAUCAGCGGCUACAUCCCGAACGGAGAGUGGGACCUCAUAGGCAUCCCGGGCAAGCGCAGCGAGCGGUUCUACGAGUGCUGCAAGGAGCCCUACCCCGACGUCACCUUCACGGUGACCAUCCGCCGGCGGACCCUCUACUACGGCCUCAACCUGCUCAUCCCCUGCGUGCUCAUCUCCGCCCUGGCCCUGCUGGUCUUCCUGCUGCCCGCGGACUCCGGGGAGAAAAUCUCACUGGGGAUCACGGUGUUGCUCUCUCUCACCGUCUUCAUGCUGCUGGUGGCCGAGAUCAUGCCUGCGACGUCAGACUCGGUGCCCCUGAUAGCCCAGUACUUCGCCAGCACCAUGAUCAUCGUGGGCCUCUCCGUGGUCGUCACGGUGAUCGUGCUGCAGUACCACCACCACGACCCCGACGGCGGCCAGAUGCCCAAGUGGACCAGAGUCAUCCUUCUGAACUGGUGCGCGUGGUUCCUGCGCAUGAAGCGGCCCGGGGAGGACAAGGUGCGCCCCGCCUGCCAGCACCGGGCACGCCGCUGCAGCCUGGCCAGCGUGGAGCUGAGCGCCGUGCCCGCCGCCGCCGCCAACGGGAACCUGGUCUACAUCGGCUUCCGCGGCCUGGACGGCGGGGGCCUGCACUGCGCCCCGACGCCCGACUCCGGGGUGGUGUGCGGCCGCCUGGCCUGCUCCCCCGCGCACCUGCACGAGGAGCACCUGCUGCGCGGCGCGGGGCCGGCCCCCGAGGGGGACCCCGACCUCGCCAAGAUCCUGGAGGAGGUGCGCUACCUGGCCAACCGCUUCCGCGGCCAGGACGAGAGCGAGGCGGUGCGCAGCGAGUGGAAGUUCGCCGCCUGCGUGGUGGACCGCCUGUGCCUCAUGGCCUUCUGCGUCUUCACCAUCCUCUGCACCAUCGGCAUCCUCAUGUCCGCGCCCAACUUCGUGGAGGCCGUGUCCAAGGACUUCGCCUAACGGGGUGCUGGCUGCGGGGGGCGCGCGCGCGCGGGUGAGUGGGGACGCGAGCCCGUGGCUGUGAGGCCUGUCGGUGACGUCUCCUGGUCACGCUCGGUCUUAGGAUGUCAGUCGGCGCUUCUUCUUUUUAUUUAUUUAUUUUUAAAUCCUUUCAGCUGGACAUCCCUGGAGCAUCCUUCCGGUCGGGGGGACCCCUCACAGGGCACUGGGCCUGGUCCCUGCUCCCCGGUGAGCCCUGGUGGCCAGGGCAGCGCCGGGCCCUCAGGCCGGUACCGCAUGCCUGCAUGUCCCUCGCCACCAAGGCCCACGAGAGCAACCCCCCCCCCCCCGCCCCCGCUCCUGCCUGUGCACAGCCCUGGGCUGGACGCGUCUAAGAAUAAGCCACACUCACUCCCUCCUGACACCUGACUGGGGAGGGGACGCCCAUCUCAACCUAGAAACCUAACCAGCUGGUUUUCCGACGACUCAGCUUUUAGUGACCAGAGAGAGUUGGUAGAGGGAAACCGUGGUGUGCUGUUUCAAUGUUAAAAAAACCCCCAAAACAUAGUGGACCUUGUCCGUGACCCUUUCCCCUGCCUGAUUUCCGCCGCCCUCCCCGCCUCGUCUGGACAAGGCCCGGCCCCAGACCAGGCAGGCGGAUUUCCGGAGACACGGGGGAGUUCAGCGAGCCUGCUCCAUGCGGCAAACCCCAAAGGACGGGCGGGUUCCAUUAGAACGAGCAGCCCGGCCAAAUGAAUCCAUCGUUUAAAAAGAACGCGUUAGCCCUGGCUGGUGCGGCCCCGUGGAUAGAGCGUCGGCCUGCGGACUGAAGGGUCCCGGGUUCGAUUCCAGUCAAGGGCACAUGCCCGGGUUGCGGGCUCGAUCCCCAGUAGGGGGCGUGCAGGAGGCAGCUGA